AUGCAGUCCACCACCAAAUUUUCCGCCGACAGCCUCGUCGAGAUUCUUGUACAGCCAAAGCCAGUUGCUGUGAUAACAUGCACUUUCGUCUACAUCUGGGCGACAAGAAACUACAACCCAACUACAGCACCGGCCUUGCCAGUGGAGAGUGGACCACAACCUGGAGCGGUUCCUUUAUCACCAUCCGUGGAAGUACAACAAUCAGAGAGUCAUACUGUCAAAGUGGUAAUGGAAGUGCAGGAACCAGGGCAACCAUUCCAUUGUCCCAUGCAAGACUCGAAACUCAGAUCGCAGGCUGUAUCUGAGGUUGGCGAGAAAGUUUUACCCCUUCCUGUGUAUACACCAACGGCAAGAGAUGGUCACACGUCCACUGAAAAAUCCUCACAAACGAUCAGAAGAGAGAAAGUUGAGGCUUUGAAGAAAGAGAUGCAUCACAUACAAGAGACCGAAGAUGAAGACGCGUACGAGGAACAAGAGGCUAGCCUUCUGAAUGACGAAGCUCGUGAAAGGCUCCUGAUCGCCUUGGACAUGGACAUUGGGGACGAUGAGAUACGUCAAGUAAAGAGAGCAUGGAACGCAACCAAAGAAAGGGUCGCGCGAGCUCGCUUGACUUCUGGGAAAUUGGCCGCUCGAUUCAGAAUGGCAAUGCCAGGAAUCCUCCCCAAACGUUCCACCAUUGCUCUGGCUUUUUCGGCUCUGAGUGUCGCAUUAGGAGUCAUCGGCAUAUGGUUCGCCAUCUUGUAUACAGAUUGUACAAGUUAUGCGUCCACAUUCAUCACGACAUCCACAUCCGUGUCCGGAUGUAUCCACUUUUCUGAACUAUACAUGAAGUGGAAGCUGCUGGAGGAAAUACAAGAAACUGUAGUUCAGAUCGAAGGAUUAUGCCUCAAGCUCUCUCAGUUGAAUCACAACGACAUUAGUGCCCUCGAAAGAUCUCCCUAUACCUCACACACUGCCUCCAAGCUCGGAUCAUUUGCGCACCGGCUUAGGGUAGCUUUUGUUACGUUCCAGGAAUCGAUUGUCCCAGCGAGCGGAAGACCUCAUCUUAACAAUUGCCCUUUGACCGACUCGAGCGAUGACGAAUCUACAACGAUCUUGACACCUGCUGAGAGCGAAGUCAACUUCGAGCCUCCUCCUCUAUCGAACGCGAUGAAGCUCGAAAGGUUGCUUGCAGAGAAGAGGGAGAUUGAGAAAGCCCAAGAUGACGAAAUGCACAAGCUGGACGUUUGUACACAAGAAAUGAAGGAGGCUCAGCAUCGAGUCAAGGGCGUCAUAUUGUUUGACAUAGAAUCUGGAGAGCACGAGAAGGCUCAAGCUGAGUAUGUAGCUGCGAGCCUGAAGUUCUUGCUUCUAAUGCAGGCGAGAGACGGACAAAACUUGCGGUUGAGAAGAAUUGCACUGGACAUUAAAUCUUUGGAAGAAGAAGAGAAGAAUAAAAGGCAAUUCGAGAAGAAGGACAUUUGAAUGUUUCAGGAGGGUUAGGACAUUGUCAGAUAGC